AUGAAGGUUUCGUCUGUCCUCUCAUCAGCCAUCCUGGCUUCGGUCGCGCUCGCUGCACCCUCGGUCAAGCCACGCGGCGACUCAACCACAGAUAGGGCGCAGUUUGCUGAUCUCACUGCCGGCAUCCAAGCCGAUGUGCUCAAGUCACUGGAUGAGCGGGAAGCUAGGUUAAAAAAGCGUGGUGAAUCUGCCAACUGCACCGCAAGCAACCUUGUAUUCCGUAAGGAGUAUGGCGCGCUGUCCUUGAACGAGAGGCUUUCUUACGUGAACGCCGUCAAGUGUCUUCAACGCCUGCCACCACGAACACCGGCCAAUGUCUCUGCUGGCGCUCGAUCUCGGUUUGAUGACUUUGUCGUGACCCAUAUUCAGCAGACCAUGACGAUCCACUACACCGGUAAUUUUAUGCCGUGGCAUCGAUGGUUCGUUCAUCUCUAUGAGAAGGCCUUGCGCGACGAAUGUGGCUACACCGGCUUUCAACCCUACUGGGACUGGCCCAAGUAUGCUUCCGCACCUGAAAAGUCCCCUAUUUUCAAUGGAGACCCUUACAGUCUCGGCGGAAACGGCGAGUACAUCCCCCAUGAUGGGCCUGUCAUUGAGCCGCCCGAAGGGAUUGGCGGCUCAAGCAUCCAAUUGCCUGCUGGUGUCGGCGGAGGAUUCGUGACUACUGGACCGUUUGCGAACAUGACUGUACAUCUUGGCCCGGUCGGCGGUCUUGAGGGCACGGCGCCCGGGCCGGACGGUGGUCUAGGUUAUAACCCUCGCGGCCUGAAGCGUGACGUCGGCCCGGCCAUGAACCAAAGAUACGCCAACUACACAACGGUGUUGAACUUGCUGCUCAAGCCCAACAUCUCAGAGUACAGGCUUCUGAGCGAAGGAGUUCCUUACACCCCUGAAAUUGGACCUCACGGAGGAAUGCAUUACGCCAUCUCUGGUGAUCCAGGUGCGGACCUGUUUACGUCACCUGGCGACCCUGCAUUUUGGGUUCAUCACGGUAUGAUGGACCGCAUGUGGACGUUCUGGCAAGCGCUCGAUCCCACCGCACGCCAACAAGAGCUGAACGGAGGUGACUACGGCCACAUCACCUGGGCCAACAGCCCACCAUCCGUGAAGACCCAGCUCACGGACGUUAUCAGCAUGGGAUACACGGGCCCUUCAAUUAAGAUUGAGGAUGUGAUGGACACCAUGUCGGGACCAUUCUGCUACUUCUACCUUUGAGGCUCCGACUGAGCUGGCGAUUCGGAUCUCGCUCACAGUCCGGAUAAACAGAUCCAUCCAAUCGACAACGGGGAUAUCGAGAUUAAAUGUAGUAAUUAGUGUCUAAUGAAUUAUGGAUGAAGGUAUGUAAGUAUGAAGUGCGAUGGCCUUGAUAUUGCACUAUAAAGAUAGCCGGGUAGCAUAGCACAAUGUUAAUACUUGACGCACGUCCAU